AUGGAUGGCCAAGAUGGAAGAAGAAAUGGCCGAGCUAGGGCACCGACCGUAAGAGUCGGAGAUUUUGCGGCUUUGGGGGAGUUUUCUCCCCUAUUGGGGCGAUAUUUUGAUCGUCUCCUAUUGCUAAUAGGAGUACUCGUUGCACUGCCCACCCCGCAGAUGGUGGCGCAGUACAUAGCGGAACAUUGGGCCGACUUAAGAAGAUUCUGUCCCCGCCAUUUGGGGAGAGAAUACUUUGCUGAGAGUAAACANUUGGAGAUGCCGGACCGAAACUACUCGGUCUCGGCAAUGAUCGUCGAAGUGGUGUGUCGCGUGACACACAUCCAGCUGCUCAUCCAUCGCAAUGAUGGGGGCAGCUGGACGUUUGGAAACGGUGGCCCGAUAUGGCAGGUGGCCAAAACUGAGCAUGGGUACGCUGCCUUAGAAAUACCGGCCGCGACGCCGGUGAGCACUUCUGAAUAUUUUCAUAGAUGA